UUGUUUAUUUAGAUUUGAUUGGCAAUAAAAUAAAUUAUUUGGCCGGCUGUUUUCGUGACGAGAGUACAUUUUAUAUUUUCCUGAUUUGCUGUGAUUUAAAACUGUCUGUUCAUCUUCUUUAAAUCGUUGCAAUCGCUAUUAUUUCUUUCAAAUUCUAUUAUAUCACUACGCCUUUCUGCAACUUUUCGUAUAUUUUUAAGAAGUUACGAAGUAUUUCUCAAGUUUGCACGACAUGGAAUUGGUGUCGUUUGCGAAGGAGGUGGUUCAAAAUGUGGCGGAGCAUGCUGUCAGCUACCGGGUUGGGCAGACGGCGCUGCGGUACAUCGACAGAGCGCUGUGGGUCGUCGAGAAAUGCGCGCGUUGGGCCGUGCCACCUCCGUUGGAUCAAGACGACACACCGCAGCCAGAGUUGGUGCGUCCCCUGCCGUGGGUGUUCUUUUUGGGCAUGCUGAUAACUCUCCGCAUCACCAGGGAGUCCAUAUCCCUGGUCAACCUGAUACUGGGGAAGCCGCCUUUAAGAUCUGCUGAUGUCGUGAUGUACAUCCAAAGUAAACGCCGUUACUUGCGCACACUGAAGUACCAGGGCAACAGAAUGAUCCGGGCCCGCGCCGCGCCCCGCGGAGAGCCCUGGUAUAGCGGGCUCCAAGCCCUCUUUGAGUUCACCAUGUGCUUUAGGAGGUCACAUAACUAUGGCAACAAUAAUACCACGCGUGUCAGCAACAAUGAUGAAGUCCUGGUAGUAAAGCACGGCAAACCAACUCGCGAAGCCACCGGAACAGGGCCGUCGUCAAGUGAAAUCACAAUGGAGCGACUCAUUGAGAAGAUGAUGGUCGACCUGAAUGCCGAUUCGGAUGAUGACUCCAGCUUCACGUUAACAAACGCGACAAGCGUCAGAAGCGAUACCGACUCAGAUACUGAAAGAGAGGAUCUAGGAAACCAUAAUAAUGACACUGUAAUUACUUCGGUACAGUCCGGUGACUCGUUGAAUGACACUAAUGUUGACAACAAUGUUGAGAACAAUGUUGACAACAAUGUUGACAACAAUGCCUCUCCAAACAAACCCGACUUUGCCAGCUCAACGCCGGAGAAGUCUGUAGCAACCAAUAAAGACGACAGUCCUAAAGAAACUAGCCAAGAUGCCCAGAAGAGCGAAACCGAAAUAGGAAAAGUACCGAGGAAAGAAAGGGACGCACAUGCGACCAAAGCCGCACUGUCCGAACCGAGUAUCACAAUAGAAACUCCAUCGAAAACAGAGUCGCUUCUGAAGUCACCCCGGAAAGAAGAGAAAUUGUCGCCCAAAACAGAGACGCAGACAUUCCUGCAAAGCGAAAAGUGUUCGCCUUCGAAGCAGCCGUCGAAACAAUCAAAAUUUGGUAGGAAAAUAGCUUUAGCGUUUACAAAGACUUUCUCGCACAACAAAGAUGAAAAAACUGAAACAUUGGGUCUUAUGAAUCAGAGGCGAAAUACCGACGUAGCUGAUACGAGAGUGGCGCCGGCAGACGAAGCAAUCUAAAGAUUAUGUCAAAAGGAACGGGAGUCAAUGUCUAAAUGCUGUGAGGUGCGUUUAUUUAAUUUAUAAAAUGUAUGCUAGUGGAAAUUUUAUAAACUGCAGUGUGUGAUUGUCCUAAAGAAUAUUUUUAUCCAGUGAAAAUUUCGAUCAAAUUGUUAUGUAAGAACGAUUUAAAUAUUUAUUUAUAUAGGCUUAAGAAGUCAAUCUUGGAAGGAAGUUAUAAACUUGUUUUAAAUAGAUUUUGUAGUUUUAAGAACGCUAUUUUAUCAAUGGACCAAAUUAACAAUAAGAGCCAUAUAAUGCUUUACUUCGCUUUGGGUGCAACUCAAAAUACGCUAGUAAUAACAAAAUAAGUAAAUUUAAUCACUUAAGCUCUUGAAAUAUUUACUAAGAGUUGCAAAUAUUGUCAAUUAAUUAUUAUUAAAUCUAGCUCUUUUAUUGUUAAUUUUUAAGAAUCUCAUAAGCCAUUUUUUUUUACUUAAAACCAGUGUUAGGCUGUUCGGGAUGACCCUACAAUAUUUUUAUUUAUUUUUUCGUAUCGGGUCUAAAGAGUUGAGCUUCGUUCUACAUUUUUUUUCUAGAAUGGUAAGCACAUGAAUGAUCAAUUUAAUUAUUUUUAAAAUCAAUUGAAUUAUAAGCAAUAAAAAUGAAAAUUAUUUAUUAUUAACAAGACAUAGGGAAAGUUUGUAACUUAGAAAUGUAAUACAAACUGGCGCAUGGCGUUUUGUAAUUUUGUAACAAGAAAACGUAAGAUGCUGGCCUUCAAAGGUAAUAGCUUUUUAUACAGUCAUUUUCUAAAGAGAAUUGCAUAAGAAUGACUCGACCACGUAAGCAGGUCUUAUUGGUGCAGCAUGCUGGUCGGUUACGCGACUGAUGAUGAUUGGUGGGGGUACUUGAUCAGAUGUUUCAUAGGAGUUACACUAUAAUGAUGUAAUAAGUACGUAGGUUAUCUAUAUCAACUCUACAUCCAACAGAAGAAGUGCGGUAAUAUGUGCUUUUUCUUCUUAAAUAUCCCUACUAUUUCCGAUCCGCGUGCUUUUUUCUGGACUGUUAGAAGGGUUAUGGUAUUCACAGGUGCAUAUUAUGAUUAGCUAAUUUCUCGUCUCAUUGUAAGAAAAAGAAAUCUCGGUAUGUAGUAGUACUUAUUGCUCUAACUUUUUGCACCUAAAAGCAACAAUUUAAUGAAAUGACCGAUGUAACUGCGUAUUCAAGGUUAACAGUUUGUUUGCCGCAGGGAAAUGUUGCAUAAGUGUCAGUUUAGUUGUAACUAGAUUUAUUUUAGUACCUAAUUUAGAAUGUAGCUACUAAAAAAGCCAAAAUGUACUCUCCCAGUAGCUAAAAUGAUGCCUAAAUUAUACAUUCCCGAAUGCUUAUAUGUGCAAUAAUAAUGAGAUUAAUUAUGUGAUCUAUUAUAAAUUAAAUUUUGUAUACUAAUUAGAUAAAAUCUACUAAAAUUAUUUCCAAAGAUCAGGCUGUGUUUAAAGUUGAACGAAGUACGAGGGACUUAUGGAAAUUACGCAACUUACUGUUCCUAUUGUUUCUUAAAUAUCAUAAUAAUUAUUAAUAAUGAAUUGUCCAAUUGUAUUUUUUUUUGUAUGUUUUUAUAUCAUUAAUAUUAUGAAAAGUAUAUUUAAAAAUAUAUUUUUUCAAUUAA